CUGCCCUCUCGCAUCUCGCUCCCUGCUCGCUCUGCUCCGCUGCAGCUGCAGCGGGGCCGACCCAGGGGCUCCGAGUUGGCGGACAAUCUGGGACAACCUCACCCAGAUUUCCCGGUCCUAGCUCCUCAGUCCCUGCGGAUGAGCAUGGUGGAGCAGAUCUCGAAACCCAUGGGUGCCUAGUGGUGGCAGGGAGCCGGGGGGCAGGCCCCCCUUCCCAUCCUGUGUUCCCCUAGGAGCCCAGCUGGAAAACAUUGGUCACUGGCGCAGGGGGUGAGUGAGGGCUCUCCCCGACCUCCCCCCACCUCCACCCUCCCCCAGGAGCCUGGAUGCUACGUGUGUUUGGGGACGCUGCCCCGUCUGAAGGUCGGCUCAGGGUCUUGCAACGUAGGGGCUGAAGGGGCCGUUGCCUCUCGAGGUCGGAGGUCAGAGCUUGCUGCCGAGGAUGAGGCCCACCCGUUGCCCUGGCAUGUCCUUGGUCAUCAGCCUCUUGGGUCUCCUCAUGGCCCUGCUUCUGGGCUGUCUGGCUGAAGAAUCCCCCAGGUUCAUCAGGGAGCCCCGGGAUCAGAUUGGGGUGUCAGGUGGUGUGGCUUCCUUCGUUUGCCAGGCCACUGGAGACCCCAAGCCACGGGUGACUUGGAACAAGAAAGGCAAGAAAGUGAACUCCCAGCGGUUUGAGACUAUCGAGUUUGAUGAGAGUGCUGGUGCGGUGCUUCGGAUCCAGCCCCUGAGGACACCCCGGGAUGAGAAUGUCUAUGAAUGUGUGGCACAGAAUCCCAUCGGGGAGAUCACCGUGCAUGCUAAGCUCACUGUCCUCCGAGAGGACCAGCUGCCCCCUGGCUUUCCCAACAUUGACAUGGGCCCCCAGCUGAAGGUGGUAGAGCGUACGAGGACUGCCACCAUGCUCUGUGCAGCCAGCGGAAACCCAGACCCCGAAAUUACCUGGUUCAAAGACUUCCUACCAGUGGACCCAAGCACCAGCAAUGGCAGGAUCAAACAGCUGAGAUCGGAGACCUUUGAAAGUACUCCGAUCCGAGGUGCCCUGCAGAUCGAGAGCAGCGAGGAGACGGACCAAGGAAAAUAUGAGUGUGUGGCCAGCAACAGCGCGGGAGUGCGCUACUCGUCCCCCGCUAACCUUUACGUGAGAGUACGCCGGGUGGCCCCCCGUUUCUCCAUCCUGCCCGUCAGCCACGAGAUCAUGCCCGGAGGCAACGUCAACAUCACCUGUGUGGCCGUGGGCUCCCCCAUGCCCUAUGUCAAGUGGAUGCAGGGGGCCGAGGACCUGACCCCCGAGGAUGAUAUGCCUGUCGGGCGGAAUGUCCUGGAGCUCACUGAUGUCAAAGACUCAGCCAACUAUACAUGCGUGGCCAUGUCCAGCCUGGGCGUCAUCGAGGCUGUGGCGCAGAUCACCGUGAAGUCCCUCCCAAAGGCCCCCGGAACCCCAGUAGUGACAGAGAAUACCGCCACCAGCAUCACCAUCACAUGGGACUCAGGCAACCCUGACCCCGUGUCCUAUUAUGUCAUUGAGUACAAGUCCAAGAGCCAAGAUGGUCCUUAUCAGAUCAAAGAGGACAUCACCACCACACGCUACAGCAUUGGAGGUCUCAGCCCCAACUCGGAGUAUGAGAUUUGGGUGUCGGCCGUCAACACCAUAGGGCAGGGCCCUCCCAGCGAGUCGGUAGUGACCCGGACUGGGGAGCAGGCCCCAGCCAGCGCCCCCCGAAAUGUACAGGGCCGUAUGCUCAGUGCCACCACCAUGAUCAUCCAGUGGGAGGAGCCAGUGGAACCCAAUGGCCUGAUCCGUGGCUACCGCGUUUACUACACCAUGGAGCCCGACCACCCUGUUGGGAACUGGCAGAAACACAACGUGGAUGACAGUCUCCUGACGACCGUGGGCAGUCUGUUAGAAGAUGAGACCUACACUGUCCGAGUCCUGGCCUUCACCUCUGUGGGUGACGGACCCCUCUCAGAUCCCAUCCAGGUCAAAACGCAGCAAGGAGUGCCCGGACAGCCCAUGAACUUCCGGGCAGAAGCCAAGUCCGAGACCAGCAUCAGCCUUACCUGGAGCGCGCCUCGGCAAGAGAGUGUAGUGAUGUAUGAGCUGCUCUACCGGGAAGGAGACCGUGGCAGAGAGGUAGGGAAAAACUUCGGCCCCACAACCUGGUUCGUGGUGGAAGACCUGAAGCCUAACACGGAGUACACCUUCCGCCUGGCAGCCCGCUCCGCACAAGGCCUGGGGGCCUUCACCUCGGAGGUCAGGCAGCGCACUCUCCAGUCUAAACCGUCUGCCCCCCCUCAAGACGUAAAAUGCGUCAGCACCAGAUCCACGGCCAUUCUGGUAAGUUGGCGCCCGCCGCCCGCCGAGAGCCAAAAUGGUGACCUAGCGGGCUACAGCGUGCGCUACCGAGCCCUGGAUUCUGAGGACCCACAUCCCCGGGAGGUGAAGCAGAUCCCCCCCAGCACCACGCAGAUCCUCCUGGAGUCCCUGGAGAAGUGGACUGAGUACCGCAUCACCGCGGUGGCCCACACGGCCGUGGGACCAGGGCCCGAGAGCUCGCCCAUCAUCAUCCGCACCGAUGAAGACGUGCCCAGUGCGCCCCCUCGGAAGGUGGAGGUGGAGGUGCUGAACUCCACAGCCAUCAGGGUGCUGUGGCGCUCACCUGUCCCCAGCCGACAGCACGGACAGAUCCGAGGCUACCAGGUCCACUAUGUCCGCAUGGAGAAUGGCGAGGCCAAGGGACUGCCCCAGAUCAAAGACGUCAUGCUGGCUGAUGCCCAGUGGGAAACAGAUGAUACAGCUGAAUACGAGAUGGUCAUCGACAAGCUACAGCCUGAAACCUCGUACUCCGUCACUGUGGCAGCAUACACUAUGAAAGGUGACGGUGCACGCAGCAAACCCAAGCUGGUGGUGACCAAGGGAACAGUCCUGGGCAAGCCCAGUCUAUCUAUACACCAGACCCUGGACAACAGCUUGCAGGUGCGCUGGGAGCCAGCCCCGGGGUCCGAGGGCCAGGUCCUAGGCUACCGGCUGCAGUUUGGCCGGAAGGACGUGUCCCCCUUAGCCACCCUGGAGUUCCCAGCCUCAGAGGACCAAUACACAGCCACCAGCAUCCACAAAGGGGCCACGUACGUGUUCAAACUGGCUGCCAAGAGCCGGGCGGGCUUCGGGGAGGAGGCGGCCCAGGAGCUCAGCAUCCCUGAGGACGUGCCGCAGGGCUACCCACACAUCCUGGAGGCUGGCAACGUGUCGGCAGCCUCGGUGCAGUUCCGCUGGCUGCCCCCCGUGCCGGCCGAGAGGAACGGGGCCAUCAUCAAGUACACCGUGGCCUUCCGAGAGGCCGGCUCGGCGGGGCCGCCCGUGGAGACAGAGCUUCCCGCAUCACCGGAUAACUCGUUCACCCUGCAAGGCCUCAAGCCCAACACAGCCUAUGAUGUUAAAAUCCGUGCCCACACGAGUCAGGGCCCCGGGCCCUACAGCCCCACUGUCCGCUAUCGGACAUUCCUCCCGGACCAAGUCUCACCCAAGAACUUCAAGGUGAAGAUGGUGAUGAAGACCUCAGUCUUGCUGAGCUGGGAAUUUCCUGAGAAUUAUAACUCCCACACCCCCUACAAGAUCCAGUACAAUGGGCUCAACAUUGACGUCGAUGGCCGCACCACCAAAAAACUCAUCACCAACCUCAAGCCGAGCACCUUCUACAAUUUUGUGCUGACCAAUCGCGGUAACAGCAUGGGUGGCCUGCAGCAGACCGUGGCCGCCUGGACGGCCUUCAACAUGCUGAGCUCCAAGCCCGCCAUCACCCACAAGCCCGAGCCCGACGGCCGUGUGCUGGUGCAGCUCCCUGAUGGCCAGAGCCCCGUGCCUGUCCAGAGCUACUUCAUUGUGGUGGUGCCUUUGCGGAAGAUCCGGGGCGGGUUCCAGAAUCCCCCAGCAAGCCCUGAGGAUAUGGACCUAGAAGAGCUGAUCCAGGACAUCUCGAGGUUGCACCGGCGGAGCCUACGCCAUUCCCGCCAGCUGGACUCCCCCAAGCCCUACAUCGCCGCCCGCUUCUACUCUCUGCCCUCGCGCUUCGAACUGGGUGACCAGAGACACUACAGCGGCUUCGACAACAAAGCCCUCGAAGCUGGCCAGAGAUACGUCUUCUUCGUCCUGGCGGUGCUGCAGAAGACAGAGCCCACCUUCGCGGCCAGCCCUUUCUCCAGUCCUAUCCAGCUGGACAAUCCUGACCCGCAGCCCAUCAUCGAUGGGGAAGAGGGCCUCAUCUGGGUCAUCGGGCCCGUUCUAGCCGUGGUCUUCAUCAUCUGCAUUGUCAUCGCCAUCCUCCUUUAUAAGAACAAACGUAAGGACUCGGAGCCACGUACCAAAUGCCUGCUGAACAACGCAGACCUGGCCCCACACCACCCAAAGGACCCAGUGGAGAUGAGACGCAUCAAUUUCCAGACUCCAGAUUCUGGCCUCAGCAGCCCCCUCAGUGACCCCGAGUUUCACUUUGAAAGUAUGCUCAGCCACCCUCCAAUCCCCAUCACCGAGAUGGCUGAGCACACAGAGCACCUCAAAGCCAAUGACAACCUGAAGUUAUCCCAGGAGUAUGAGUCCAUUGACCCUGGACAGCAGUUCACCUGGGAACACUCUAACCUGGAGGUGAAUAAACCGAAGAAUCGUUAUGCCAAUGUCAUAGCCUACGACCACUCCCGGGUCAUCCUUCUCCCCAUGGAAGGCAUCGUGGGCAGCGAUUACAUCAACGCCAACUACAUAGACGGUUACCGAAAGCAAAACGCGUAUAUCGCCACGCAGGGGCCCCUACCUGAGACCUUUGGCGACUUCUGGCGCAUGGUGUGGGAGCAGCGCUCUGCCACUGUGGUCAUGAUGACCAAGCUGGAGGAGAAGUCACGGAUCAAGUGUGACCAAUACUGGCCUGGCCGGGGCACAGAGACCUAUGGUGUGAUCCAGGUUACCCUGCUGGACACGAUCGAGCUGGCAACGUUCUGCGUCCGGACCUUCUCCCUGCACAAGAAUGGUUCCAGUGAGAAGCGUGAAGUACGCCAGUUCCAGUUCACAGCGUGGCCAGACCAUGGCGUCCCUGAGUACCCAACACCCUUCCUGGCUUUCUUGAGAAGAGUGAAGACGUGCAACCCUCCAGAUGCAGGCCCCAUUGUGGUUCAUUGCAGCGCGGGCGUGGGUCGGACCGGCUGCUUCAUCGUCAUCGACGCCAUGCUGGAGCGCAUCAAGCCCGAGAAGACCGUGGACAUCUAUGGGCACGUGACCCUCAUGCGCUCCCAGCGCAACUACAUGGUCCAGACCGAGGACCAGUACAGCUUCAUCCACGACGCCCUUCUGGAAGCCGUUGCCUGUGGCAACACCGAGGUCCCCGCCCGCAACCUUUACUCUUACAUUCAGAAGCUGGCCCAGGUGGAGACCGGCGAGCACGUCACGGGCAUGGAGCUGGAGUUCAAGAGGCUGGCCAACUCCAAAGCCCACACAUCCCGCUUCAUCAGUGCCAACCUUCCCUGUAACAAGUUCAAGAACCGCCUUGUGAACAUCAUGCCGUACGAGAGCACACGCGUGUGCCUGCAGCCCAUCCGCGGCGUGGAGGGCUCUGACUACAUCAACGCCAGCUUCAUCGAUGGCUACCGGCAGCAGAAGGCCUACAUUGCCACACAGGGGCCGCUGGCAGAGACCACCGAGGACUUCUGGCGGAUGCUGUGGGAGAACAAUUCCACCAUCGUGGUGAUGCUCACCAAGCUGCGGGAGAUGGGCCGGGAGAAAUGUCACCAGUACUGGCCAGCAGAACGAUCAGCACGCUACCAAUACUUUGUAGUGGACCCCAUGGCAGAGUAUAACAUGCCCCAGUACAUCCUGCGCGAGUUCAAAGUCACCGAUGCCCGGGACGGCCAGUCCCGGACCGUCCGCCAGUUCCAGUUCACAGACUGGCCAGAGCAAGGCGUGCCAAAGUCGGGCGAGGGUUUCAUCGACUUCAUCGGCCAAGUGCACAAAACCAAGGAGCAGUUUGGCCAGGACGGACCCAUCUCUGUCCACUGCAGUGCUGGCGUGGGCAGGACCGGGGUCUUCAUCACGCUCAGCAUUGUCCUGGAGAGGAUGCGCUAUGAGGGAGUGGUGGACAUCUUCCAGACGGUGAAGAUGCUACGGACGCAGCGGCCGGCCAUGGUGCAGACAGAGGAUGAGUACCAGUUCUGCUACCAGGCUGCCCUCGAGUACCUUGGAAGUUUUGACCACUAUGCAACAUAAAAAGCCAUCCCUCCCCGUACUGACUCCACGGACCACUGGACGUCAUGGACGCUCCCCCUUCCCUCACGCGGAAGGGGCCUCGAACUGAUUACCACAAACUGAACCCAACAAGUACCUUUUUAUUUGGACACCACAGCGGGAGCCUGGGGGAGGGGUAGACGAGGGGGGCCCUCCCCCCGGCAGGCCCAGCGUGAGGCCCCUCGUUUUGGGGCCUCCACAGCAUGAACUCCAGGAGCGGUCCAGAAGCUCGUGAGCCAGGGCUGGUCUAAGCAGCGGCGGCUUGUUACCUCAAGUUGGCUUUGGUCCCCGAGUCACCUUGCCCCCCCCAGCCCCCACUCCAGGGAGGGGCACAGUCGCUUGGGGCCCAUCCUUAAGAGUUUGGUUUCUUUGUUUGCCUGGUUGGCCAUUUUUAGGGGAAGUCACCCCCACACACACGCCCCUCCACCAUUCACCCACGCAGAGCCCCCAGCCGCAGCCCUGAGCCAAUGACCACAUGGAUGAAACGCUUCCUAUGUACAGUGCUGGGGGAGGGACGGAUCCACCAAGCCCCAGCCCAGCCUGCCGGAGCUCCCCCAACAUAGAGAAGGAAGGCUGCCCAGGGGUCCCCACAACCAGGACCCAGCUGGGAGGCCGAGUUCUCCGGGGCAGGGGGGCUGGGGCCACAUCCCCUUUUGAAUACUUGGAACAUUCCUCAUUUCUUUUUUGAUUCCAAAAAAUGUUAUUUCUAGGAAGUUGGAGAAAAAGACAAAGGGGGGGAGGGCGCAGCGUGGCAAGUAGCUUUCCUGCAGGUGGGAUUUCAGAGGGUGCUCAGAGAGGGGCAAGGCAGAGGCGCUGCAGAGACAGGCCCGUUCAACCCAUUCCUCCCUGUCCUCAGCAAACCCUCUCUCCUCUCUCCCACCCCUGCCUGGGGCUUGGGGAAGAGAUGGUUCUAGACUCAUAGGAUUCGGACCAGAAGGAACCUUAGAAAUCGUAGGAUCCAUCGCUUUACAGGUGAGGAAACUGAGGCCCCAAGAGGCCGUGACUUGCCCUGGGUCACCCAGGCAAAGUUUGAAUUUGAACCCUGAAGCCUUGGUGGGUUCUCCUCACCACCACCGCUGUGUCCCCACCCCCUCCGAAUAACCACGCCCCGGCCUCAGCCGAGCCCACCUCCUCCCAGCCGUUGGACCAUCAGGAAAGAGCGGAGCCUUGGCCCUGCGCUGUGAGCGGCUUUCUUUAAAGUAUCGAUGUAACUGUAACCAGUGACAUUACCGUUUUUUUUUUAAAUAGUGUAUUUUUUCCUUUUUUAAAAAAAAAAACUGACAAUAUGAGUCAAUGAAUUUAAAAGAGAAUUUGCUUAUUCAUAUUACGUUCAAAGACAGUCUAUUUUUUCACGGUAGAAACGUUCUGUGUACUGGCUGUGAUCAUAUACAAGAUUACGUGCGAAUUGCUACUUCUACAUAUGCUUUUCUACCAUUGGAAAGGUUCGACUCGCUCAUGUAAGAAUGAACUGUCCUUGUUUUGUUUUUAAAUUAAAUCUCAGACAUAUCAGGCAUGGCUCCAGGUGCGGGGGAGGCCAGGAGAAGGCCAGCCAGCAGGCCCCCUCCUCCUUUGAGCUCCCCUGCCAGGACCAGGCGCCCACUGUGGGUGGGAGGGAUGGCACCUCCCACCCCAGAAGCCCUCCUACCCGCCCCAGGUGUGCAGGUGCCCCGGGUCACCACCAGACAUCUAGUAUGAACCACCACCCGGAUACUGGUGGGCCCCAGGGGCUCAGACUGUGUUGCCAAAGUGCAGAGGUGGAAGGAAGAUGCGUCCCUUGCCCCAGGCUGCCCUGGGCACCUCUCCCUCUCCCCUGCUCUCUAGAUGUGUCGGGAUGGGGGCCCCAGCUGGACCCUGGGUGUGGGGCGGUUGGGCACACACACACUCACUCUCAGACCACAACAUGUGUGUACCCACACACAUAACCCACCUCCUGCACUGACCAGGGAGGUACUGGCCCUGCUCCGCCUCUACCGAAAGGGCCGUGGGAACAUGGCCCCAAAUGCUUGACACCCUGCAGCUGGGACAUCACCCCAGGGAGACGAGGGGAGAGGAGAAAAGCAGAUGCCCACCAAGACCAGUUUUUUCUCUUUGUACGAGAGCAGAGACGCUAUCCGUUUCCCACUGUUACUUCAAACUGAAACUGUAAGUGGUUUUCCUGCCACUGUGUAUGUAGAUAUAUCGACUUUGUAUUAAAGGAAGAUUGUCUGAAA